CCACUUUGGGUUACUAUGGAAAAGGCAAAAAGAAACGUAUAUAUGUACUACUGGCCAGGUUGUGAGGUUGAAAUUCUUGGCAUUAGACCCAAAUAUUGCCGUGAAUAUUACAAUUUUCCAUCUGAUGCUAAUUUCACUAGAGCUGUAAAUGAUGCUCUUCAGUCCCUGAGGAAUAGGGAUACUGACAUGGCUGCUGUCUACUAUGAACGGGUAGAUGUAGAAGGUCAUCACUAUGGACCCUGGUCUGACCAGAGAAAAAAUGCUACUAAAGCUGUAGACCAAGUCCUGCAAAGCCUAGACCAACAAAUCAAGGACAGUGGUCUUAAGGAUGACUUAAAUAUAAUUCUGUUCUCGGACCAUGGGAUGACAGACAUAUUCUGGAUGGACAAAGUGAUAGAGCUUCAAAAUUACAUUGAUUUCAAUGAUAUUUUACAGAUGAAGGAUAGAGGUCCUGUUGUGAGCCUCUGGCCUGUGGAAGGCAAGCUUUCUAAGGUGUACAACCAGUUGAAGGAUUUACAACAUAUGAAUGUUUAUAUGAGAGACCAAAUUCCAGACAGAUUUUCUUACAAAAAAGGAAAAUUUGUGUCUCCCUUAACUCUUGUUGCUGAACAGGGCUGGUUUAUUGCACAGAGUAAGGAAAAACUGCCCUUCUGGAAUAAUGGCACUUUGCCUGGGCAAGGCUGGCAGCAUGGAUGGCAUGGCUAUGACAAUGAACUGAUGGACAUGAGAGGAUUCUUUUUGGCAUCUGGCCCAGAUUUUAAGGUGAACUUUCGAUCGGCUCCUAUAAGAUCAGUGGAUGUUUACAAUGUGAUGUGCAAGGUACUCGAGAUUGAGCCCCAGCCCAACAAUGGAUCGUGGUCUAGAGUAGAGUGUAUGCUAAAAAGCCAAGAACAGUCUGUUAUGCUGGAAAGAUACUUGCUAACACUACUUCUCUUUACAGUUGUAGGAUUAUAG